GAACACUCGGAGGCUAUACUCCUGCUACUGUAUAUAGGGGAUGAUUUGUAUCUCUCAUAGUCAUUUUGCCUUCUUUUCAACCACAGCACUCUCUUUUUAAAGGUUUGAAGUUACUUCCUGGGCUUAUGGAGAAUGGAGGCAUUUACAAUCAUGGUGGUCCUUCAUGUCAUAGUCUCCUGUCAAGCUAAACUGUACAUAAACCAGUUGUCCAGGCCAUGCUCCUGGAAUGUGACCUCUCCAGGACAAAACCAGAGCGUGGCUAUUUUCAGGAAAGCGGCUCUGCACACCCUUGCCUCUGGUGUCUGCAAGGCCCUAGGAUGUGGGGAGGUCUACAUGCUAAAUGAUAGCGCAGCACAGCACAACACCAACUGUCUGGCAGGCUGCACUUACCACAACCAUGAACUGAUCAACUGCACCAGGACAGCUGAGGGAGAUUGCAGGAUCGUGUCUCGGGUCCUCUGUGCUGUUCCCUCCAUAAUCCCAACAUCCGACCCCUGCGUCUGGAACCUCAGCUCUCCCAAAUUAGCCAUUGCUCUCACUGAGGAGUACAAGCGCCGUCUGUCCAGUGAGAUAUGUAGAAGCACACACUGUGGAGAAGUGUUUUGGCAGGAUGACCUUACCAGGGUGCUGAACAACAGUGUAUGCCUCACCGACUGUGUUUACCACAACUUCCAUUUGUGGAACUGUUCAACCGUGAGCAGGAGUGAUUGCUCUCUUCUUUCCAAAAUCAUCUGUGGUAACCACAAGGUCCGACUGGCUGGAGGCAGCCAUCCCUGUGCCGGCCGGGUGGAGCUGUGGCGGGGGGAGCAGUGGGGCACGGUAUGCGAUGAUGGGUGGGACGUACGGGAUGCGGACGUGGUGUGUGCGCAGCUCGGCUGUGGAUAUGCCCUCUCGGUCACGGGGCAGGGGGGCCAGUACAGCCUGGGCAUGGGCCCUGUUCACCUGGACGAGCUGAACUGCACAGGGAAAGAGAGGAACCUGUGGGAAUGUCCCGCCAUCCUGGACAACCAUGACUGUGGACACAAGGAGGACGCCGGAGUCGUGUGCUCAGAAUAUAAGGCUCUGCGGCUGACUGGAGGACUGGACCAUUGCUCAGGCAGAGUUGAGGUCCACCGGAAUGGAUCAUGGGGGACAGUGUGUGAUCCCUGCUGGGAAAUUGAAGAAGCAUCUAUGGCCUGCACCAUGUUGGGUUGUGGGAGUGUGAAAGAGUUCAAAACGUUUGACAAACCUUUUACUCACAAAAAUGGAUCACUCUGGUAUUACAUGUGUCAACUGAAACAUACAAACCUGUGGCAGUGUAAGGAACUUGUGAACAAUCCCCAUGUCUGUAAAGAUACAAAUGCUGCAGGGGUGAUAUGUGAAAAAUCCCUGGGUCUGUCUGGGCCUACCACUUCAAACCCAUCCACUCUUAUCAUAACUGCAGGGCAAAUGACCACAGCAGGACUCAAAUGGAAGUGGUCUCUGGAAUUGCUGAUCUGCAUUGGACUGUCCAGUGUGCUUCUGAUCGCUUUUACCAUAAAUGUUAUCCUUUGUUGCCUAAUAAGAAAAGGUAGAAGAAAAGGCCACAUUGUUCAACAGCAACACAACAGCCUCCAACCUACCAUCAAGACCACGGAGAACCAGUACGAAGAUUCUAUCCACCUCGUCAAGGUCAUCAGCAGCAACGGCGAGCCCAGUGCUCAGACAGUACCCCCGCCGAUGUGGACCCAAAGCAGCAUUGAGAGUGGCUCCUACGACACGGACUACGAACCAAGUGAGAGCGUGCCAGAUGCAACUUUCCCCUUAUCCACCUUCCGCAACUCUAUGCGGUACAGUGCAGAUGGUUGCGCUCCGGCAGUGAAAGGCACCCACCUGCUGAGUGUGAAUGAGGAAGAUUCAGGUGUUCCUGGUCAUCCCACGGUGCUGGAAUACCCUGUGCAGAACCUGUCUACAACACAUACUCCCACUGGUGAAUUCCAAGGCCUCACUGCAGCCAGUAGUGCAGACUCAUUUGACUCCUCCAGCACCUCAUCUGGAGAAUGGUAUGAGAAUACAGGCCAUAAUGCUGCAGAUCUGAACACCGAGAUUUAUGAAAACACUGAAGAGAACAGGACUGACCAGCAAACUGGAACACUGUACUGCCCUGUGCCUACCACCCAUGACACUGAGAACACCCUGGAUCAAACAAUAGACACUUGCCAAGACAGCGUCCUGUCAAUCCAUAACCAGGAAACGAGUCCGUGCAGUGGACAUGACUCGCCCAUCUACUCUUCCGUGACCCGCGACUCACAGCUCUACUCCUCUGACUGCGAUUAUGAUGACAUUGGUAACUACUAAGGGAAUCCAACCAGUGACAGGACCCUUGUCUUACUGAUGCACAGGCCUCUUUUUUUUUGUUUCAUUCUGCUCAGAUAGUAAAACUUGUCUCUUUUAUGCAUAUCACUUAUAAUCUCACAUGUGCUUUCAUUUUUCAUUCAUUUGUGACUCCUACUUUAUGAUGAAUUGAUUCUAAUAGCAAAUAUCUCCAGUCCUCCUCCUGGAGCGUGACUUGUCUGCAGAGUUUGGCUCCAGGCCAGAUCUACCACACCUAAUUCAGCAAGUUAAAGAGCUUUGAAGACACUAAUUGGCUGGAUCAAGUGAGUUAGGUUUGGGUUGAAGCUAAACUCCACUUGGGCUAGCUCUCCAGGAGGACGUUUGGAGAUUUCUGAUCUUAAUUUUGUUUGCACUUCAGCCUAUUGGAACAAUACGCACCUGAGAAGCUCUGUUCAGAGUCUGUGUGUUAGUGUGUCUGGAAUCACACAUCACCUGACCAUGUAUUUGCAUUCAUUAGAUAUAUGACAUAAGUAAAUGCUCUUUGUUAUGAUGCAGGUACCUAUUACAAUAAUAAAAUGUAACACAAAUGCCUGUAAUUAGGCACAGGGAAAAAUCAAUAUACUCACAAUUUCAGACAGUACAUAAAUGACGUGCAGCUCAAACCUUACCGACAUUCCCCUCAAAGAACCUUUAUUUUAACACAUUUUCACACUUUUAAAUAAUUUUAAUAUGUUGAAUAUCAAAAUCCUAGAAAAAAUGUAUUUUAGAGUAAUGACAUUUAGCUACUGUAAUUAAAUUGUUUUUUAAAUAACUUGAAAAUAUAGUUGUGGAUUGCAGUUAUUGAAUACGACCACACAGUGGCGCUGCACACGUUUGCGAGAAGUCACCUGCCAUAGCAGCUGUUCUUUGUGAAUUUCCAUUAAAGUUUUGCUAAAUUGAAAACCACCUUUAAAACCAUUUACAUGCUGGAGAUUGUUGUUGUUGUUAAACAUGG